UGCCUUUAGCUACUGACUUAAAAUUGCUAAAAGAAUAUCUACUUAAAAAGGCGGAGGAAGCUAUAAACUGCUUGAACCAAGAUGGGAGUAAUAGAAACGCGUACAUUAUUUUACUGGAAACUGUUUUUUGUCGAACAAUACUUCUUAACAGAAGGCGACCUGGCGAAUUACAGCGAUUUUUAUUACAUACCUACCAAUGUUCUCUAGUAAAUGAUGAUCCAACAACAUACGAGGAAUUUUCAGAAGCUGUUUCUGACGUUGAGAAAUUUCUAAUGAAUCAUUUUAAGCGUAUUGUUAUUCGCGGCAAAAGAGGAAGAGGGGUCCCAGUAUUAUUUUCCAAAGACGUUCAAAAUCAUAUAAAAAUUUUGAUGUCUCUUAGGGCAGACAUCACUCAAAAGCCAAACUUAUACCUAUUUGGAAAUCCAAGCACCAAGAACCCUAUUUAUGGAUACAAAAUUUUAAGAAAAUAUGCAGUAGCUUGUGGAGCUAAAAAUCCAGAUGCUUUAACAUGUACUAGAUUAAGAAAGCAUUUGGCUACUCUUACGCAACUUUUUCAUUUAACAGAAAAUGAUAUGGAACAGCUAUCGUCGUUUAUGGGUCACACACUUGGAGUACACAGGUCAUCAUAUAGAUUGCCCGAUGAUGUAUAUCAGACGGCGAAAAUAUCUAAAUUAUUGCUCUUAAUGGAAAAAGGAGAGGCAGGUCAGUUUAAAGGAAAAACUCUUGAUGAUAUCAAUAUAAAUAUAGACGAAGAUCUCUUAGAUAUGGAACAUAAUAAUAAUGAUACAGAAUUGUUAGAAGCAAAAGAUAAUAAUGAAGAUUUAGAUGAUCUUUUAGCUGAAACAAUUCAGGCCGCAAAAAACUCAAAUUUACCUGACUUGAAUAAAGAAUCAACUAUUGAAAAGAAAACAAAAUUUAAAAAAAGAAUUUUGAUCCCAUGGACGGAAGCCCAGAAAAAAAUUGUACUCCAUUACUUUAAAGAGAAUAUUAAAGCCCAUAAACCGCCUAAGAGAUCAGAGUGUGAAGACCUGAAGAAGAAACAUCAAGACUUAUUAAAAAAUAAAGAUUGGCAAAAAAUAAAAGUAUUCAUCCAAAAUCAGUACACUAAAAAAUGA